AUGUCGGAGAUGCUAGAUGCCUACUGGCAGGCGCCGCCCAUCGCAAGAACCCUUGCGACAGCCGCCUUCGUCACGUCUGUCUCUGUUGUCCUAGGCUUCGUGAGCCCGUACUGGUUCAUCUUCAUGCCGGACUACCUGUUCAAGAUCCCGCCGCAGAUCUGGCGCCUGGGCACCAACUUCCUGCUCACGGGUCCCCAGCUCGGCCUGCUGUUUGACACGUACUUCCUCUACACCUACCUGACCGCUCUCGAGGUCGGCAACCCCCGCUUCCCCAGGCGCGAGGAUGUCGUCUGGUACCUCAUGUUUGUGUGCACUGUUAUCACGGCGCUCUGCACCUACCUCAUGGGCGGAGGAGCCUUCCUACCGGCUUUGAUUCUCGCCAUGUGCCGCACCGUCACGCAGGACCAGCGCGGGAUGAAGGCAAACUUCUACUUUGUCACCAUCCCCGCCCAGCUGACGCCCUUCUGCAUGAUGCUCGUCUCCCUCCUCUUCCCUGGUGGCUACUACAACUUCAUGCUCCAGCUCAUGGGCUUCCUGGCCGCCCACCUGUACGACUUCCUCUCCCGCAUCUGGCCCGAGUUCAGCGGCGGCCGCAACCUGAUCCCCGCACCCGCGUUCCUGUCCAGGCUAGUCACCACGCCGCGUUUUUACCGCCGCGACUAUGGCACCGCUGUGAACAAUAGCGGUCGCGCCCCCGCGGGAGGCCAGUCCUCGGGCAGCAGCACCGGCGCCUCUCUGGGCAACGGACCCCUUCCCGACUCGUGGAGGACGAGAGGCCCUGGACGCCGUCUGGGUGAUUAA